AUGCUAUUUUUGCUUUUCUUCAAGAAAAAUGUCGAAAUUCCUGACGGAGUGAGAUCCAGUUUCAUAGGAAGCUAUGGAUUUCUUCCAGAUGGAGAGUAUCAUUUUACAUUUAAUCCCAUUCAAAAAUCUACAGAUCCAGAAACAAUAGUCUUAUCAUUCUUAACUAAGGCAGAAUAUCGUAAAUUACCAUUUUAUAGCACAGAAACAGCAAAUAACUGCAAUUAUCAGUUUGCAGAUUUGAGUUAUACCCUUGAAAUCAAAAAUGAAAGUGUGAAAUUAGAUGGAAAUUUUACAGAUGAUCGUAUAUACAUAUUCCAUGUUCUUAAGUGCAACUCAACAAAUGAAAUUACAUUAUCAGAACAGUUCAGAAACAAAAAUACAUUUUUAGAUUCCAGGGUUAUUCCGUGUAAAACCAUAUAUCCUAUUUGCAUUGGCGCAACAUUACUGUUGUUUUCAUUUUGGGCCAUAUUUAACAACAACAAAGCAAGAGCAAGAGGAACUAUCUUCAUUUUCACGACAUUAUGCGGAACUGUUUACACAUUUCACUUAAUUGGUGAGUACAUAGCAAUUAAAUUCAGCGAAAAGACAGAUUCGAUACUUGCUGUUUCGAUAAUUACGAUAAUUAUUGAUAUUUUUAACGAUUCUAUCUUCUUUACAUCGAUAAUGAUCAUGUCCAGUGGAUUUGGACUUAUUAACAUAUCAUUAUCUCUAUUUACUAAGAUCAAAGCCGUUUUAGUUCCUUUAAUUUUAUUUACUUUCGCUGCGAUUAGUUCUAAUAUACCUACUAAGUACGUUGUCAUUACAUAUCCUGCUGUUAUACUCUGUACAAUCGUUUUCGGUUACGAUAUCCUCAAAUUAAUUCGUCAAGGUGAAAAACGAGUUAUGGCACACAUGUUGGUCAUCCAACGAACAGGAAUUGAUCCAGAUACAACACCAAUAGGUGCCAGAUACAAGAUAUUUAGACAAAUGACAUUUUAUGUUGCUUCUGCAAUUUCGUUAUUUUGUUUGAUGUUGAUUUUCGAAGCUUGUUAUGAUUUAGACAGAUAUUUAUUCGAAAUCAUUGAUUUCAUUGUCCAUUUCAGUCUCCUUUCUGUUUUAUUGUACAUUUACAGACCAGGAAAAGCUGACUAUUUGGCUGACGAAAACAAUGUUUCAGAAACAUUUGAUUUAGAUGAUUUAGACACAAUUGGAAACACAUUGAGACUUACAUCUAAUGCAGAAACAAUGAGACGAUGGGAACCAGGAGAAUCCCUUCCAAGAGAACCAACUUACACUUCAAAGAAGAAAGCAAAUGAUGGACAAUUGUAUUCAGCUUUAUAA